UUGUAGCUGAUUUUUGUAACAAACGAAUAAUUCCUAAUAUUAUUAGUAAUAACAAAGUUUAUAAUAUUUUUACCAAUAGUUUUAGACACCUCUGAGUAAAAAGAAAAACCAAUGGACUUAUAUUUAUCUUUCGGAAUUUUAGUAUCUGUUUCUUUUUCCAUAUUUUUGGUGUAUUCAAGAUUAAGGCCAAAGUUCCCUGUGCGAGUGUACUGUUGGUUUUGUGGGGAAAAACAUGUCGUUCCUUUUGGUAACCGCAACUGCUGGGACUGUCCACACUGUGAUCAGUAUAAUGGUUUCUCUGAGACUGGAGAUUACAACAAACCAAUUCCUGCUCAAUACGACGAGAGUCUUAACUUUCCUGUGACUGGUUCUGUAGUAGAAGGCUAUGAAGAAAAAUACAAGCAGCCAUUAAUAAAUGGAUUGUGCAAGGAAUGUAACCAGAACCAGACCAUGAAAAUUCGACUUUUGGCAGAUUUUGUUCCAUUAAACAAGUUUUGUUUUGAUCAAGAAGUGGAAGCGUACCAGAGGCACCUGGAAAAAGUUUACAAGCUUUGUUGGCAGUGUGAGGUUCAUGUACAGAAGAAACUCUCUCAACAAGAUGCAGAAUUGAGGCCUAAAAUUCCUCCUCAUCUUUUAAACUACAGUCUUAAUCAGCAUACCAGACCUGCAUUAAAAGUCCUAACUAGGAAUCAUAUCCCCUUUGGUGUCCAUGUGUUAGCAGUAAUUAAUUUCAGUUCUGCUUUGCUUCUUCUUGUUUCUGCUGUAUUUGAACUACAAGAAGACCGGGAAUAUCGCCUUUUUCCAAUAUCAUGGCUCAUGGUUUCCAGACUGCCUACAUCAUCUUUUCUUACUGUUGUUGGUCUCCUGGUGGCAGUUGGAGGAACUUUAUGGGCUGGAAAACACAGGUUACGAACAGUUGAUGCUCUCUGUUGUGCUUUUUGGGUAACUCUCCAAGGAUUGUAUUCCUCAGCUGUUUCUGGAUUGUUUUCUGAAACAGAUCUCCAUCUCCUUCGACCCAUGGUCAUCCUGGUUACUGCCAUGGUAUCCUUCUCCAGUGGGAUUUUCAGAGUAACCAAAAGGGUUAACCCAAAGCAAAAAUGGCUGAACAAGGCAAAUCAACUGACCUCGCCCAGAAGAAAAAUUAAGGUUGAUAAUAGGUCAACAUCAGUCUGUGGAUAUAAGAGCAUGGACAACCUUUCUCUGAGUUUUGGAUCUAAACAAGGUAGCCAAUCGUUUACAAACAGCUCCACCUGUAGCUACGAAACUGAUGGGAAUGUCACUGCCCAUAAUGCUCUUCAUUUGGAGCUAGAUGCUUUACAUAUUCCUCACCUGCUACAAAGUUACAAGUUUUUCUACGUCUCCAAGACCAGUAGGCUUUUCAGCCUCAAAAUCUCAAACUUCUCUUGUGAGGCCAGCUCGUUUCACUGCUAAAAGUGUCACCCAAGCUUCCUGGGUAGCCGGUGGCUAUUGGUCUCUGCCUGUGCCACCUGUAAGAAUGGAGCAGUUAGGUCGAGGACUUCAUUUUACCAGUGCUGUGCCAAAUGGGUUUGGUGGUCUUCUCACGCCUCCACCUUCUUUGUCAGGAUCACAGGAAAGUUGUGCUCCAAGCCCUUCAGGGUCAGUCUGUGGAGAUGAUUUAAAGUUUGAGUCAGUUAAUGGACGACCAUUAUCUCGACCUCCACCAAGUGUACUCUCUUGGCCCCCUUCUGUUGCACGUGAACGGUGGCAACAACAGAACUUGUCCGAGGUCAGACGACGAAAUGUCAGUAGUAAGGGAAGUUCUUCAUCUGGAUCUUCAAGCUUGCAAAAGACAGAAUCCAAUAAACCUAAUAAACAGGAAUGGAAAGAAAAUUCUUCAACAAAACAACACUCUCUAAACUAUCAAGGUAAACAAAGUCUAAUCCUUGGUGGCCGCUACUACAGGUGCCUUGUUGCUGUCAGCAUGGCUCUGAACCUCAUCCUGAUUGGAUACUUUGUUGUUUUGCCCUACGUUUCUCGUACUUACUAACUUGAGAAGUUCAUACUGGAUUUUCUAUCUGGUAUCACUGCCAUUUAAUGUGGUGUAAAAGUUUUGUCUUAUUGCUUACAGAAAAUGUUCUAGUAAGAAGAUUAGCAGUGAAAGGUUGUAAUGAUUUUAUUUGUUAAUUGUGUAUUUGUAAAUAUAUUUUGAUGAUGCAGUUCUUUGAGGUUUUUAAUUAGAAAAUUUGAACGAUGUAUGUCCAAAAAUGAGGACAGACUUUGUGAGGUUUAAAGCUUGUGAGAUACUAUAUAUAUGUGUUGGAUUUUUUAAGUUAGAAUUUUUUCUUAGGAAUGUUCCCUUUGAAAUAACUAAAAGUUAUUGUUGUAACUUGUAUCAAUAGGAUGUGUGUUUCAAACAUGAAACACGAAACAGAUCCAUAAUCCUUGAUGAAGAUUACUGUGUUCUAAUAGAUUGAAUCCUUGUAGCACUUCUAAAGCAGUAAAGGAUUAAUCAGGAUUUGGACUAGAAAACAAGAUCACAGUUAACUGUACUGUUUGAUGUUAAUGUCAUGUGCACCUUUAUAACAUGCAUGAUAGCAGUAGCAUACCACUUUCUUGUUAAAUAUUUUAAUAAAAGCUGAAAUGCUCUGGGUAGGAGGUAUGGAUUCAUGGAAGAAUUUUCCAAACUUUUUGACAAAACCUAGUGUUUUGUCAAGAUAAUGCAGCCUUGCAUUGGUAAAAAAUGGUCUUCGUGAUAGGUUGCUAGGUUAGUUGUAGGCUUGUAUUGAUGAAAAUUACUUGAAUCAAAUUAAACGUAAACUUUCAUAUCAGUUUAAUAUACCCACUUUGAUGUUACGUAACUACUAAGUUUAGUCACCGAUUUUCAGCGUAAACUAGGUAAGGAUUACCCUUGAAACUAUCCAAUGAUUCGGUAAAAGAUGAAAGAACCAUUCAUAUAGUUAGAAAUGGUCUGUUUGGUCAAGUGUAUUGAUAACUACUUACGAGUGCGUAAUGGUAUUUACCCGCUCUUUGCUUUAGGGGACGUUUUCUGUAAAACUUAAUAUUGUUAGACACACAAUCGGACAAAUGUCACUAUGAGGUCUUCUGUAUAUUUUAAUUGUAGCUCACAAUGUUUCUUUGGAACCCAGAUGGUUUUGAGGGCUUAAUAUGAAGUUGCUUACCCCACACCAAUUUAUAAUGAACUGACUUUUAUCAGUUAAAUUCCAUUAAUGACUGGAACUAAUUUGAAUGGAAAGAGAGAA